AUGCAUCCCCGCAGCCCGUACGCAGAGUACACCGACUUUGCCCAGCUCGCACAGGGCUAUCCGUCUCUUGCUAAACACCUUGUAAAAAACAAAUCAAUCAACUUUAAGGAUCCGGAUGCUGUACGGGAACUCACGAAAUGCUUGCUCAAGCGCCACUUUGGCCUCACUGUGGAGCUUCCGGAGGACCGUCUGUGUCCGACGGUGCCGAAUAGGCUCAACUACGUCCUCUGGAUGCAGGACCUCAUAGACUCGACCAGCGGCGGCCCCACUGACGACUACGACCCCAGUCGGAAGGUCGUCGGGCUCGAUAUUGGUACAGGAGCAAGCUGCAUAUACCCGCUCCUCGCCUGCGCUUCGCGCCCCAAAUGGCACAUGUACGGCACCGACAUCGACGCGGCCUCUCUCCGCGCCGCGCGCGCCAACGUUGACCGUAAUGCCGAUAAAGUCGGUGGCCGCAUCACGGUGCUGGAUAGUACGGCCGACGGGCCGCUGUUUCCGCCUGGGAUCGAGACACUCGACUUCACCAUGUGCAACCCCCCAUUCUACGCCUCCGCCGCCGAACACGCCGCUUCGGCGGCCGCAAAGGCGCUGCCGCCGUCGUCGGCGUGCACGGGGUCUGCGGGGGAGAUGGUGUAUUCUGGCGGCGGGGAGGUGGGGUUUGUGGCGCGGAUCAUCGAGGAGUCGUGGGUCCACGGCGGAGGAGGGGGGGCGACGUGGUAUAGUAGUAUGGUUGGGAAGCUUGCGUCGCUGGCGCCGCUGGUGGAGAUGGUGAAAGCGCGGACGGGGAACUAUGCGGUGACGGAGUUCCGGCAGGGGGCGACGAGGCGCGGCGGUUGGAGGAGGGGAGGAGAGUGUGCGGGUGGUGGUGGGGGUUGUGGAGGGGUUGGGGUUGGAGUGGGAAGUGGAGGGGUUGGGGGUGGAGUGGGAAGUGGUCGAGGGGAGGAAGGAGGGAGAGGGGGAGGGGAGGGGGAGGGGGAUCGGGUGGUGGGCCGCGGGGAGGCAAGGGGCGAUGUGUGGAGCCGGAAGGCACGGCGGCGGAAGGCUCGCGGGGAGAUGGACGUGGAUGUCGAGGGCGGCGAGGUGAAGAUGGGCUUUCGAAUCGAGGUUAUGGGCGGCGAGGUUGUGGUGCGGUGGACGAGGGGAACGGAUCAUGUGCUGUUUGAGAGCUUCUGUGGCAUGCUGAGGAGGUGUGUCAAGGAGACGCCACAGGUCUAG